UGCAUUGUUAAUUGAACAGACAAGACACGCAUGCUUCGAUAGCAGACCAGAAAGCGGUAUUUCGCUUGUGUAAAGUUGCUUUUCAGUUGUAUUGGUUGAUUGCACCUUUGGUUAAGCGCAUUGUGGCUUCUUUUAAAGACAAAUCAGACGUUGACGUUGGUCUCUUGUCUGCUAGAGCCCUGGCAGUUUUCGGGCCUGCUUCACCCGGUAGUUAGCUAGUAUUGUAGCUAAGCGCUAACUAUCAAGCUAACGAUACGUCUCGUCCUACAGCGCCCAAGUUGCCUCUUGAUUUGCUUAUCUACUAGAUGGCUAGCUACCUAUGACAUUGUUCUACUGUAAACACAGAGUACCCGAGUUUUAAUCUGAUGUAUUAUUAAAGGAAGCGAUGAUCACCUGCUGGCUGAAACAGAUAGCUACUAUCAUUCGCUAGCCAGCUAGCUAAUGUGUAAUAAUCUCUGACCGACUGUUAUUGACCUGCGUGAAGUUGACUCUUUUUGAGAGGAGGCGGAUGCCUUCUCGCUACAUGCAUGUAUCUGAUUACGAAAUGUAUGUAGUAGCUAUAAUGUUGAUCAGAUGGCUAGCGCUCUUUGACAUAUUGUAUCGAGAAAUAGAUAGCUGGCAGUAGUCAAAUGACUCCCAUAAUGAUAUUUAGUCACUAGCUGGUUAGUAAAUCCUCCUACCAAAUUCUUGUAACUAGUUACUCCAAAAAGUAGAUGGUGUGUUUAUGUGGAUCAUUCUCCAAUGGACACCCCUGAGAGCCCCACCCAGUCCCCUGAAAGCCCCAACCAGUCGCCCCAGUCCCCAGAGGAAGAGGAGAAGGGCAUUUCUGACAGCGAGUUCCUGGCAUCCCCCGAGGAGGAGGACAGGCUGCUCUCCGACAGCGAGCUCCUGAAUGAUGAAGACAAUGACGAGUUAGAUGAAGAGGGUGGUGGAGGUGGGGACUCUGAGCUGGAUAAUGAUGAAGAUGAGGGGGUAGUUCAGGAGCGUAUCUCUGACCCAGAGGAUGAUGAAGUGGGAGACGGUAGAAGGGAUAGCCAUACUGGUUUAGAACAGGAGCAGGAGGAUUCAGUGGGGAUGGUGAUGAUGGGACAGGUGAGCCAAUCAGCUGAUGAGGAUGAAGAGGAGGACCAGGUCAGCCAAACUCCUAAGUCCCCUGAUUCUGAGCCAGAGCAGGAGAGGUCAUCCCCCUUGGCUGAGCAGGAGAUGUCCAGAUAUGAGAAGGAAGAAGAGCGGGGUGAAGGAGGGGAACCAUCAGCCAAGCUUGCAGCAGAGACAGCAGAGGUAGAUGAUGAAGAUGAGGAGGAAGAGAGGCGGAGGAGGAGAGUGGUGGUGGUGAAUGAGAUGGAGUCAUCUGUGUCUAGAGAGCUUGAUGAACAUGAGCUGGACUAUGAUGAGGAGGUUCCUGAGGAGCCCAAUGUUCUAGCGCCUGACGAGGAUGAGGAGGUGGAGAAAGGACCUGGAGAUGGGGAGGAAGAGAAAGAGGACAAGAGCAUCAAAAAGAAAGCGAAAAUACCAAUCCUUCCUCCAUCCCCGAAAGACGGUCCACCUAAGAAGCCUGAAGAGUCCAGGGCUCAGGAGAGAGGAAGGAGAGAUUCCUUUCGUGACAAAAAGAAGGAUGAGGAUGAUGGCGAGAUUGACGAAGGAGAGAUAGAUGAUGAUGACCUAGAGGAGGGAGAGGUGAAGGACCCCAUGGACAGGAAGAUCAGACCCAGGCCCAUCUGCCGCUUCUUUUUGAAAGGUAACUGCACCUGGGGUAUGAAUUGUAGGUUCAUCCAUCCAGGGGUCAAUGACAAGGGCAACUACUCUCUCAUCUCCAAGCCAGACCCCUUCUCUCCCAACGGGGCACCACCUGGAGCACCUCACCCUCUCAUGCCAGGCAAUAACCCCUGGGGUGGACCUGUUGUUGAGGAACUCCCUCCACCCCCUCCUCCAGUGGAGCCUCCUGUGGAGAGUGCCUGGGAGAGGGGUCUGAGACACGCCAAAGAGGUGUUGAAGAAAGCCACCAUACGCAAAGAGCAGGAGCCGGACUUUGAGGAGAAACGCUUUAACGUGACCAUUGGAGAGGAUGAGAGAGACUUUGACAAAGAGAACGACUUCUUCAGGGAACGCAGCUACCGCAUAACCAGAGAAAUCAGAGACCCAGGUGACGUGGAGUUCAGAGACCCAGUCUAUCCUAACGACCCUUAUGCUGAUCCCUACUAUGACUACGAGAUGGAGGCCUUUUGGAGAGGGGGACAGUAUGAGAACUUCAGAGUGCAGUACACAGAGACCCCUCUGCCCUACCACUACAGUGAGCGUGAACGAGAGCGGGAUCCGCGUGAGCGCCAUCGCGACCGCGAGCGAGAGCGGGACCACCGCGAGCGAGAACGCCGGCAGAGAGAACGCGAGAGGGAAAGAGAGAGGGAGCGAGAGAAGGAGAGGAUGCGCCGAAAGGAGGAGUGGGAGAGGGAUCGCAUGAAGCGUGAUGAGAAGGAGAGGCCUGUCAGGGAGCGGCCACCACGGGAACCUCAGGAGAAGGAGGGGGAGGACAAGCACCCUAAAGGUUCCCCCAGGUCCCCCACUGACACCAACAUGCUACCCAAUCGACCGAUGAUGGAACCGCCUUCCAAAAAGGAGCUCAUGCCCAUUUCCAAGCGGCCGGAUGAGUGGAAGGACCCCUGGCGCCGGUCCAAAUCCCCCAGGAGACUUCCGGGCAUGUCUGGGUCACCACCCCGGGGCCGCCGGCGACACCGGCCUUCUGGAUCCUCUGUAUCGCUGUCCAACUCAUCUAGAUCUUCGUCCCGCUCGUCCUCCUACACAGGCUCCGGUUCAUCCCGCUCUCGGUCUCGCUCAGGCUCCUCGUCCUUCAGCUCGUACUCCAGUCACUCAUCCCAGCGCAGCUCCUUCAGCGGCAGCCACUCCAGGUCCAGAUCGUUCUCAUCGUCUCCGUCUCCAACCCCUUCAGCACAGAGGAGCGCCAAGAAUAAAGUUGAGGCCCCGCCAGCUCUAGGGCCCAAAGGCGUCCCACUGAAGCCUGGUACACCUCCCUCUCCUCGUAGGGAGAAGGCUCCCCCCAGAAAAGCUCCCAGCCCACCAUUGCCAGGCCAGCCUGGGAAACUCCCCAAACCCACCCCGGAGGGGGGCAAGCCCGUCAACCACCGCGAGCCCCACGAGGGGGGCCGACCCAUGCCGCCUCGGGAGGGGGGCCGACCCAUGCCGCCUCGGGAGGGGGGCCGACCCAUGCCGCCUCGGGAGGGGGGCCGACCCAUGCCGCCUCGGGAGGGGGGCCGACCCAUGCCGCCUCGGGAGGGGGGCCGACGGAAGGAGAGGCAGCAGCACAACCCACCCAGGAGGCGGACAGUCAGUGGCAGUGUGAGCGGCAGUAGUUACUCUGGCUCCAGCUCUCGCUCCAGAUCCCGCUCCUCCUCUGCCUCCAUCUCACGCUCUGGAUCCAAGAAGUCCAGAAAAUCCAGGUCUCUGAGUGUGAGCAGUGUGUCUAGUGUGUCCUCGGCCUCCUCCAGCAGCAGCUCAGUGAGGAGCGCUGACUCAGAUGACAUGUACGCUGACCUGGCCAGCCCUGUGUCGUCAGCCAGUUCCCGAUCCCCCACCCCCGGACAGCCCCAUGCCCGCAAGGAGAGGGGCCCGCCACGGGACAGGGGUCCCAACAAGGACAAAGGGAAGCCCACUAAGAAAGAUGAGCCCCAUCCCCCCAGAGAGGACCGGAGGAAGAUUGAUACCUCAGGCCUCCCUCAUAGAAACACCCAUGGCCCUAUGCCCAGAUCUGGGCCUGGCAGCAGGGGGCACGGUCCAGGGGGGCAUGGUCCAGGGGGACACGGUCCUGGCGGCCACCCCAUGCACCCGCCCCACGGACCCCCCAUGGGACCCCCUGGAGGCUAUGGCCAGCACAAAGACAUCAAACUCACACUUCUCAACAAGCAGCAGGCAGAGCGGGGUAACAGGAAGCGAUACAUGCCUUCAGACAAGGACAGGCCUACCUCUCCACUCAGCAAGAGGAUAGCAUUGUCUCCUGAGAGAGGUCGUGGUGACAGGAGGAUGCCUGGACGGCCCCCACUCUCUCCUAGAAUGGACCGGCCCAGAGGCCAGGGCCCUCGCCCCAUGCCACCACCGGGAGAAAGAAAACGUCCUCUGUCCCCACCACCCAAGUCGUCUGGGAAAGGUCCAGGGGGGUUGUCCUCGGGCUCAGGCAAGCAGCCCCCAGGCGGCCCGGGCUCAGGUUCCGGCAAGCCUAGCAGCACACUGUCCCGCCGUGAGGAGCUGCUGAAACAGCUCAAAGCUGUUGAGGAUGCCAUCGCCCGCAAGAGGGCCAAGAUCCCAGGGAAAUAACCCUCACCCUGCCUGCCUGCCUACCCAAGUCGCCCAGGCAACAUCAAGCAUCAAGGGACAUAAGUCACCAAUACCUGUCAAGAAGCCUAGCUUUCUCUGGAAAUGUAAAAAAGGUGUCUGUCCCAAAAUGUAAAGGCCAUUGUGUAAUUGUUACUGAACAAAAUGGCCACCAAAACAUUUCUGCUUGUUUGCCCUCAGAGAGAGGUUGUCUAAAUGGUUUUACAGUGCUGAACAAAAGUAGUAGCAGGGCGUCACUGUUGCUCACUGUUGUCUAUUUAGUGAGAAGGAACAAUCUUCCCAUUGUGUCUCAUUGAUAAGGUGAAUUUAUAUACUUUUGAUCCACACUCUGUGUCUCUGUCUGCCCCUUUUACUGUCUCUUAUCUCAUGUCUUUUUUUUUUCUGUUGGGUCGAGUGCUGGUCUUGCCCCAUUUGUUCCGUUCUGAAGAUCCUGGAAACUGCCUCUAGUCUCCCAACUGGUUCUCUGUACAAACAUUUCGUCUGCAUUCAUUCAGAAUGAGAAACAUGCUCACAGGACCUCUUGUUCAUGGUGGUUGUGUCUUAACCAAUGACUUCUCCUGUUCUAGGCCUGUGCGUUGUGUUCUCUUGCAGUGUUAAUUUUACAUACCGUGUACAAUAAUAGUGAGCAUUUGACAAGCACCCAUUUUUUUCAAGUGUAUGAUUGUAGAGAACAAAUUGAUAGUGAUGUGAAGUAUUGCUUUUUUAAUCUACCAAAAAAAAUCUCUAGCUCUUCUCAAGUAAUUUACUGUGUUUUAUUUUUCUCACAUUUUUAGUUGACAGAGUAUGAGAGAUGGUUGGGGACACCGGAGGAUAAGGAGCGUCUUGCUUUUGUGACAAAAGGCUUCUAAAUAAACUAUUUUGAUAAAGAGAAA